CCCAUUCAAGCGUCCCCGCUAGGUUCAUAACUCUUUGAACAAAAACAUGGCAUCCAAGCAGUCAAAGGGCCGUGUCCUCCUCGCCUACUCUGGCGGCCUUGAUACCUCAUGCAUUCUGGCAUGGCUCAUCGAGCAGGGCUACGAAGUUGUCUGCUUCAUGGCUGAUGUCGGUCAAGAAGAAGACUUCGUUGCUGCGCGUGCAAAGGCACUCAAAGUGGGCGCACUCAAGUUCCACCUGGAGGACAUGAAGCGCGAGUUUGUUGAGCAGCUCAUUUACCCGGCGGUCCAGGCCAACUGCAUCUACGAGGGUGUCUACCUCUUGGGGACGUCGUUGGCUCGACCCGUUAUUGCACGCGGGAUGAUCAGUGUUGCCGAAAAGGAAGGUUGCGACUUCGUCUCCCACGGCUGCACUGGCAAGGGCAACGACCAGGUUCGCUUUGAGCUGGCCUUCUACGGCCUCAAGCCCACCAUCAAGGUCAUCGCCCCCUGGCGCAUUCCUGAAUUCUACAAUCGCUUUGCUGGCCGCUCCGCGCUGCUGGCAUUCGCUGCGGAGAAAGGUAUUCCCGUGGUACAGACCGCAGCUAAACCUUGGAGCACGGACGAGAACCUCUUUCAUAUCUCAUAUGAAGCCGGCAUCCUCGAGGACCCCGACGUUACCCCGCCCGCGGAUAUGUGGAAGCUUACUACUGACCCACUGAAGGCGCCUGCUGAACCCGAGCGGCUCCAGAUUGUAUUCAAGACCGGCCUGCCCGUAAAGGUCACCACCCAAGACGGGAAGGUCUAUACAGACAGUGUAGAGAUCUUCCUCGCGCUCAACACCCUGGCGCGUAAGCACGGCGUGGGCAGGAUCGACAUUGUUGAGAACCGCUUCAUUGGAGUUAAGAGCCGCGGCUGUUACGAGAGCCCUGCAGCGACGAUCCUGCGUAGGGCACAUAUGGAUCUCGAAGGUCUCACGCUCGAUCGCAACGUCCGCGCGCUGCGGGACCAGUUCGUCACUGUGCAGCUUUCAAACAUCCUGUACAAUGGGUACUUCUUCUCUCCCGAGCGAGAGUUUGUGACUAGCUGCCUUCCCGCCUCCCAGCGCACCGUCAACGGCACCGUCCGCCUUGCACUCUAUAAGGGUAACGUCAUCGUUGAGGGACGUUUCUCUGACGAGAAACUGUACGAUGAGAAAGAGUCUUCCAUGGAUGAAUUGGGUGGAUUCGAGCCCACCGAUACCACCGGUUUUAUCAAAAUCGAAUCCAUCCGUAUUCGCAAAUGGGGCGCUGCCAACAUCCAGAAGGGCCAGGCAGGCACCGCACCCGAGGACGUCUACGGGACCCGCUUGUAAACAGCUGUUUUCCGUCACAAAUUGCACCCCUUACGUUGUGCAUGAGAUAGUGUAUGAUAUGUCUCGUGCUUGAUCAUCGUCCGAAAGACUUCCCACAGUGAAAUUGAUGGUCUAAUACUGCAUUGCAUACGAAAGCUGGUGUGUUUGUAAUACAGUGGAUGCGGGUAUCACGAUGACGGUGUAUGUACAUGGGUAAAUGCCAGAUUCCUUCCUUAAUUAUCGAGAUUCCUCAACCGCAGCUCAACGAGGAACUCCUUGUCCCGUACGGUCUGCACCCACAGCCCGAUAAGCUCGAACACCCGAAUGAGCAGGAGGGUUUGACAGAGCGUCAUGACCCAGAAAGGAUAAAUCAUGCGAUAGAGCACAAUGGGAUGAUCGCUGCAGAAUCCCAGGCGAAUUAGACUUCUCGCCAGGUAUGCGGGAAGGAUAUUCGCCCCAAAUCCUGUUAUAAUGAGUGGAAAUAUGACGUUUUUGGUUAAUGUCCAAGCUUGCGGGUUGGCCCAGCUAUUUGCACGAGCUUCAUCUAUCGCCUCCAUUAUGGGCGCGCGACGUAGCCUUAGCAGCCGGGCUGCAAUUUGGCAUAAGACCACUCCAGAAGCCCAAUUCUCCACGACAUGGAAAACAGGUGUCCGUAGAGGGUGGACGACGAACUUGACCGGCAAAAUUACAUGCAACUCGAGCGCGAUACCGGCAAGAAUCGGGAGAACGAUAUAGAAGGCGAACAUGAGCCAAGUCAUUUUAAUGAGCCAAAGGGAACCUUUGAUCGCCCGUCCAGCAAGCACGGGGAACGCUGACAUGUUCGGCCGACGGGCGACAACGCGAUAGAUCGAACGACCGAAAUAGAAGCCCACGGUGAGAAUAUGAAAUCCGACUCCGAAAGCAUAGACGUCAUGCACCUCGCGGUCAAGAAGACCAUCGAGAAGCACUCUUCCAGUAAUAAGAGGCGCCGAUAUAAACGCCACCAAACCAGCCAUGCCAAACAUCCAUAUUAGGAAGCUGAAGAUCAUGACACGACGACCAAAGUGAGGAGGCAGAAAUACGACUGUGUAGUCGUCCUGCGGGUUUCGUCCAUGUCGUCGGGCCUCUUCGUCUUGACGAUCCAUUCGUUCACGGGCCGCUUCGUCAAUCGGGUGACCAUUCGCGUCCAAAGGAAUUACGACUCGAACACGAGGAACCAACAUAAUUUGAUCAUUCGCAGGCACCCGGAAAAGACCUCCGUCAGGUUCCAAUGCCACAGCGCCUUCACCAUGUCCCAACAGAAAACCGAAGUGCUGGGGAUGUUCCUCCUCGGGGUGACGUCCGCCGAACAUAUACGAGGUUAACCUUAGUCGGAUUGACAAAGCUUUCCAAAGCCGCGUGGCAAUAUCCUUUACAUAUCGACGAAGGCGGAGCUUCUUAACCGUUGCGGGCACCACAAUGUGAACGAAGAGGAGGUCAAUGGGCACUUCUGACAGAGGCUGA